ACAAUUUAUUGGACACAAGGUAGUUAACUCCAACGGCUCAAACAUUCAUUCAUUCUGGUUCUGCUAUAUCUAUCUCCUCCCCCCAUUUCUUCUCAAAAUCUAAUAAAAUGCAGUCUUCAAUUUCCCUCUCCUUCUCUUCGCCUUCCACAAUUUGCAGAUCCGACUGCAGCACAGCUGCCGUUGCCAACGGCAGUUUUCUCACGCCGCGAUCGCUUCGAUUCUGCGGACUGAGAAAAGAGGCGUUGAAUUCGAGCCUUCCCAUUCGUCUUACAAGGCUUUGUUGUUCGAAUAACAACACAAUAUCGGCUUCUUCCGCAAAUGGAGCUCCUUCUUCUUCCAAAGCCCAGGGGGGCUUUGACUAUGAUUUGGUUAUCAUUGGAGCUGGUGUUGGUGGUCAUGGUGCUGCUCUUCACGCCGUCGAGAAGGGCUUAAAAACUGCCAUCAUUGAAGGGGAUGUUGUUGGAGGAACAUGUGUAAAUAGGGGAUGUGUUCCUUCCAAAGCCCUCCUAGCUGUGAGUGGCCGCAUGCGGGAGCUUCAGAAUGAACACCAUAUGAAGUCUUUUGGUUUACAGGUUGCUGCUGCUGGGUAUGAUAGACAGGCUGUUGCUGAUCAUGCAAAUAAUUUGGCCUCCAAGAUACGUGGUAACUUGACCAAUUCUAUGAAAGCCCUUGGCGUGGAUAUAUUGACUGGUUUUGGGACAGUUUUGGGUCCACAAAAAGUCAAAUAUGGGGAUACUGUAAUAACAGCAAAAGACAUCAUAAUUGCUACUGGCUCUGUCCCGUCUGUGCCCAAAGGCAUUGAGGUUGAUGGUAAGACUGUAAUAACUAGUGACCAUGCACUUAAAUUAGAAUUUGUACCCAACUGGAUUGCUAUUGUUGGAAGUGGUUACAUUGGACUAGAAUUUAGCGAUGUGUACACGGCACUUGGAAGUGAGGUUACCUUUGUUGAAGCUCUAGAUCAGCUCAUGCCUGGCUUUGAUCCUGAGAUUGGGAAACUGGCGCAGCGGGUUCUUAUCAAUCCUCGGAAGAUUGACUAUCAUACAGGUGUAUUUGCGAGCAAGAUAACUCCAGCAAGGGAUGGAAAGCCAGUGCUAAUUGAGCUUAUUGAUGCAAAGACGAAGGAACCAAAGGAUACUUUGGAAGUAGAUGCUGCUCUUAUUGCAACUGGAAGGGCUCCGUUUACGCAAGGACUUGGCCUGGAAAAUAUAAAUGUUCAAACACAACGUGGAUUUGUUCCUGUUGAUGAACACAUGCAAGUCAUCGAUGCAAAUGGGGAGCUGGUUCCUCACUUGUACUGCAUUGGUGAUGCAAAUGGAAAAAUGAUGCUUGCACAUGCUGCAAGUGCACAAGGAAUCUCUGUUGUUGAGCAAGUUACUGGAAAGGACCAUAUCCUGAAUCAUUUAAGUAUUCCAGCAGCGUGCUUUACCCAUCCUGAAAUCAGUAUGGUCGGAUUGACGGAGCCUCAAGCGAGAGAAAAAGCUGGGAAGGAGGGCUUUGAAAUUAGUAUUGCCAAGACUAGUUUCAAGGCUAACACAAAAGCUCUUGCUGAAAAUGAAGGGGAAGGACUUGCAAAGUUGAUUUAUAGGCCUUACAAUGGUGAGAUCCUCGGAGUCCACAUCUUUGGAAUGCAUGCUGCUGAUCUAAUACAUGAAGCAUCCAAUGCCAUAGCUCUGGGAUCACGCAUACAAGACAUUAAGUACGCUGUUCAUGCACAUCCAACCUUGUCUGAAGUGAUUGAUGAACUCUUUAAAUCAGCAAAGGUUAAAACUACCGCUUCUAGUCCAAUUGCUGAGCCGGUUGCAGCAUAGGCUUCGACAGCCGCUCUAAUUGAGACUUAAGUUAAUAGGAUUUUGCAGAAGCUUCCCAAUGGAAUUUAUUGGCUCUAUCUUCUCAUGUUGUGCAUUACCGCUUCAAAGAGGUGCUUUUUUCUAGCUUUUUUGAAUUGUAGACAUCAUUAAAUGCCUAAUGAGUGUCUCAGAAAUUCAAUUUUGUCUUACUUUUAGCUUAUUAGCUUAGGUUUGUGCUAGGUCUAGAUGCUUUUAAAUGAGCAACGAUAUCAAUAUGAAAGAUGAUCUGUAUUGUUUAAUUCAACAUUGACAUUGUACAACUUUUGAUUCACAUAUUCUACAUUUCAUACUAGAUAA